UUCCUCAGUCCAUUGAUUCCCACGAAAGGAAACAGGUAAAUUCAAUCAUUUUUCAUCAAGAAAAAUAUACAACUUGUUCAAAAUAUUAUAUAAUCUAAUCUGCAACAAGACUAAUAUUAAAAAAUAAUGACUAUUGAUCUUUAUUACUUACCACUGAGUCCACCUUGUCGUGCUGUCAUGCUGACAAUAGAAGCACUUGGAAUUGAUGUUAAUUAUAAAACUCUUAACAUAUUGAAUGGUGAACAUCUUACUCAGGAAUAUGAAGAGAUGAACCCACAAAGAACCAUUCCAUUUAUGGUUGAUGAUGAUGUUAAAUUAAGUGAAAGUCGUGCUAUUAUGGGGUAUCUAGUUGAUCAAUAUGGCAGUGAUUCUAAUCUCUAUCCAACAGAACUUAAUGCACGAGCUUUAGUUAAUCAAUUUCUGCAGUUUGAUGCUGGAAAACUGUAUUCGUCUAUGUCAGCUUAUUAUUAUCCACGUGUAUUUCAAGGACAAGAUCUUGAUGAAUCUAAAUUACCACCACUUAAAGAUGGCUUUGAUGUUCUUAAUAAAAUUCUUGAAAAUAAGGAUUUUGUCACAGGAGAGAAUCUUACCAUUGCUGAUUUGACUUUAAUUGCUACUACUUCAACAGCUGAAGUACUAGGAUUUGAUUUUGAAGAAUAUCCAAAUGUAAGUAGUUGGAUAGAAAGAGUGAAAAGUGCAAUACCAGGAUUUGAAGCUGUAAAUGGUGAUGUAGUAAAAUUUAAAGAAUUUUUCAAUAAACCCGAAGAAGAACCAGGAGAGGAGCCAGAAGAGGAAUAAAUUGUGAUUACCAAUUAAUCAAUACUUAAAAUAUUUAUUAUCUCACACGAUACACUCAUCAAUAAAAUUAA